AUGAAGGCUAAACUCGCCGGAUUUGAAGGGUACGAUCUGUGGCGUUUUCUUCAGAUGCAUAUAGCUGUGGCCAUUGUUGUAUGUGCAUUUGCGUGCAAACUUGUUUCAUCAAUGCCAUCAGAAACUAGAUCAGAAUCACCUUCUUUGUGGGAUCACAUUGCUGGAACUUCUUCGUUUAUUGGCAGUGACGUCGAUAAUGAUCGUAGUGAUGGAUCGUGGGAUAUCUCAGAAGCUGAGCCAGUGUUGCAACGACAAGCUAAACGGAGACUAAAGGUCGAUCGCAACUGCUUCUUCAACCAUAUAUCGUGCUACCGCAAGAACAGAAUGGAUUCGCAUGCAUGA